CAGGGCGGCUUCGGCAGGACUUUACCCUCAAACAAAGCUAUAAAAUCCUGGACCGGCCGUCGGUGCAGAACAGACCGACCCGACACUGAAGGAGAAACCAGCUGCCUCUGAAAGUGCAGAGAAACAUGAAGGUCCUCGUGGUUCUGGUUCUUUUCACUGUCUGCAAUGCCAACAUCCUGUGGCAGGAGCCUCCCAAGAGCAACCUGGAUGUGGUGAAGGCAGCUUUCUGGGACUACGUCGCCAAGGCGACGCAGACUGCCGAGGAAUCCCUGAAGCAGAUCCAAGAGUCCGAAUUUGGACAGGAAGUGAAUACGAAGAUCUCCCAGAGCGCAGACACAGUGAACCAGUACAUUGUGUCCCUGCGGACUCAGGCCGCUCCUCUGACCCAGGACUUCGUGACCCGGUUCACCCAGGAGGCAGAGCAGCUGAAGGCUCGUCUGGAGAACGACCUGACGGCUUUGGGCUCCAACAUCAGGCCAUACGGCGAGCAACUGGUGGCCAAGCUCCAGAACCAGGUGGAGGAGCUGAAGAAGGAGGCGGCACCCUACGCUGAGGCCAUGGACCCCGAAGCCCUGAAGGCCCUCCUGCUGCAGAAGAGCCAGGAGCUGAAGGGGCAGCUGGAGACCAGUGUGACCCAGCUGCAGGCCCAGAUGGUCCCCUACACUGAUGAGGUGAGGGAGAAGAUGGAGCAGAGCCUGGAAGAGUUCCAGAGGAACGUGAUUCCCUUAGCUCAGAGCUUUGAGACCCAGGUGGCUCAGAAGACCCAGGAGAUCCAGCAGAGUCUGGUUCCAUACAGAGAGGAACUGAGGGCCAAGCUGGAUGCCAGCACUCAAGACCUGCAGGCUCAGCUGACCGCUCUGUGGGAGUCCUUCACCCAGAACACCCAGUAAAAAAACUCACAACCAGUAUUUAUUCUGACUUCACCAACAGCCCAUGUUAUUUAAUAAAAACUGGACCUUCUGCACUUUAAUGCCUGAAUUAUCUUCCAGGAUCCUCCAACAGUUUGGUUCUGGUCCAGCUUUAUCUUGUAAUAUUCUCCUGUCUUAGUUUAAGUUUAUUUAAAUUUACCAAAAUAAACUCUUUCAUCCACAGAA